CCCCGAAAAGCUCCCCUAACCCCCAGUUGGCGUCCCCAUGCUCACAAACUGCCAAUGAACCAAGGAAAAUAAUUUCACGUACAACAAAACAAUAAUUUCCAUAAUAAAACUCCUCAAUUAACUCUCAAACAUUAAAAAAAUGUGUGGACCAGUGAGAGAUUGUUUUACAUUGUGUCAACAGUGUUUCAAGUGGUGAAAUGUGAAUUAUGAGAUAAUGAACAUGACGAGGUGAAGCAACAGGCCAACAAUGAAUCAAUAAUUUGAUUUAAAAACAUCCAGCGAGUGAGAGACAGCGUCAUGACGAGGGUAAAUACUAUUUUUAUCAGAAUCCUUUGGACACUCGUGUUUAUCAUCAACAUAAUCAGCAUCGAGAGCUCCCAAACUGUUGAAUCACAAGGGUACUGUGCUCCCUACAAUGGAAAGAUUUGUCGAAAAUAUUUAACAGGAAUCGGUAAAGUAUGGUUCAACGAUUCAGCCGACAAUCCUGGGGGUUUUCUCAACGAGGAGAUAACCACAGACCUCUGGGAGGAGUUAAUCUCCAAGCUGAAGGAGCCCUGUCGUUCAGCAGCUGAGAAAAUGCUCUGUGUUUAUGCAUUUCCCAUGUGUUAUAAGUCAGAGAGGCUGCCCCUUUGCUACGAAGACUGUCAGGCAAUAAGACACGAGUUUUGCUUCAACGAUUGGGCCCUCAUCGAGGACAAUAAGCAAAGGGAUAUUUACAUACGAUCUCGGGGGCACUUUCGACUCCCAGAUUGCGAUGUCCUGCCAAAACUGAAGAAGGGAGUAACCACCUGCUCGCACAUACACCUCACUGACAUGAAUCAGGACCUGGUGACGUACGACUGCAUCAGGGACAACGGCAGGUUCUACAUGGGGAGUAUGAAUCGCUCCAAGAGUGGCCUGGACUGUCAACCUUGGGAUGUACAGCAGCCCCACUUCCAUAACAAACCUCCAAAUGUAUUCCCCCAGAUUCGAUAUGGAAAGAACUUCUGUAGGAAUGCUGGGGGCGAUGAGCUAGCGCCCUGGUGCUUCACCAUGAACCCCGAGGUGCGCUGGGAACACUGCGACAUCCCAGUGUGUGAGAAUCAGACCCGAGUGAAUCCAGAAAUAAAAGCAGACUCCAACGAGAUUAUGAUGGAGAGCCUUUUCACUCCUGGAUUCACACUGACAUUAUCAGCUCUGGGUUUUGUCCUUAUUUUCGGUUCACUCGUGUCCCUCUUCCUCACCCAGAGGCUCAAGAAACAACGAAGCAAUGGCUACUGCAACGCACCGAAUCCAGACGUCAAUAUCGACCUGGAUAAGCUACCGAAUAACGAUGCAUACCACAGGACUGGUGCCCAGCUGAAUCCCAAACUGGAGAAGCUGGAGUUCCCUCGUAACAACAUUAUUUAUGUCAGGGAUUUGGGACAGGGCGCCUUCGGGCGAGUCUUCCAGGCGAAGGCCCCAGGGCUUAUACCCAAUGAGGAGUUUACGAACGUCGCUGUCAAGAUGCUGAAGGACGAGGCCUCCCAGGAUCUCCUCGUCGACUUCGAGAGGGAAGCCUGUCUUCUCGCUGAAUUCGAUCAUCCGAACAUCGUCAAGCUGCUGGGAGUUUGCGCCCUGGGGAGGCCCAUGUGCCUUCUCUUCGAGUAUAUGGGGAGGGGAGACCUCAACGAAUUUCUGAGGAGCUGCUCACCCUCUAAUGGAUACAAAUUCAAUGACAACGAUGACUCCAGGCUCUCUCACAUGGAUCUAAUUAACAUCGCUAUUCAGGUGGCUUCAGGAAUGGUUUAUUUAUCGGAUAGAAAAUUCGUGCAUCGAGAUUUGGCCACCAGGAACUGCCUCAUCAACGAUCAAAUGGUCGUGAAGAUAGCAGACUUUGGUUUGUCCCAGAAAAUAUACCUUCAGGAUUACUACAAAGGGGAUGACCAGGAUGCCAUUCCCGUCAGGUGGAUGCCCCUUGAGAGCAUCCUCUAUAAUAAAUACACGAUCGAGUCUGAUGUCUGGGCCUUCGCCGUUUGCCUCUGGGAGAUCUUCAGCUUUGCUCUGCAGCCGUAUUACGGCAUGACUCACGAGGAAGUCGUCAAGUACAUCAAGGAGGGAAACGUUCUCCAGUGUCCGGACAACACACCGCCUCAGGUUUACGAUCUUAUGAAGGUCUGCUGGAAUAGGAGGCCAGCGGACAGACCCCCUUUCCGGGUCAUUCACGAGACACUGGAGAAAAUCAAGGUGGGACUCGAAGCGGAGAACAAAUCUGAGAGCAUUGCGUUGAGGAUCCACGUUUGAUACAGUAUUAUUUUUGGGAAUAUUCGGGGGGUUGCUGGGCGAUUAUUUUAAUGAAGGAAACAAGAAACGUUUGCGUUGAUAAAGUAAAUUAAUUCGUUAAUUUUUUAUUGUUUUAAAAUAAGAUUUGUGUCUAAUAUUUUUCACAGUCAACACUAAGACUUCUCUGGCAAAACCCCAAUUAUGAAUGAAUUGAGACUGGUGUCAAUAAAGGUACAUCUUUUGUAAUCAUUUACAUGUUUUUAUUCUCUUUUGACAGAGGAACUGAUACAAUGAUACUCAUACAAGGAUAAUAAUCAAAAACCUCACGUGAUCGCUGAAUUUGUAUUUAUUCUGUUUCUCAUAGAAUAUUAUUAUUCCCUCAUUUUUUUCUACGUCGUCUAAGUAUAUCUUUCUUUAAACUAGUAUUUCUCUGAAGAAAACAAUGUGUAUUUGUUCUUUGCAUAAGAAUUAGUCUGUUUGUUUACUCUUGAGUAAUACAAUUUUUCAUUGUUCUAAAUAAUGUAUGUAUAAUGUACGUCAGAAUGAAAGGAAAAGUUUAUGGCUAUGAAUUAUAAAUGCAAAUGCGUUUUCAAUACAACGUGCUCUAGUUCAGAUUUUUAUGUAUAUAUAAUUAUCGUUGGUGUUUCAUUUUAUCAUUUAAUACAUUACCAACAAAAUUUAACAAUUGUAAAGUUCAUAACAUAAUUUUUAAAACACAAAAAUACGUCUCAUUUUCAACUAACAAGGUAUUACUAAAUAUAGCGAAGGGGCCUAGUGUACAAUAGGCCGAAUACCUUUUGCAGAUCAUUGUUUAUGUUUUUUUUUAAAGAUAUAACGAUCCGAAAAAUAAAAAUAAUGGCAUUCGCGACUGGGAAUGAAUGACUUAUUGUAUAAAUAAAAGCUAUGGAAAUGGAAUUCUUUCAGGAACAUUAAGUAUAUACAAUUGAACAAAAAUAAAUUGAUUUUGUUUUUCAA